UCUCUCCCUCCCCCCCUCUUCCCUCGCCUUCAUUCCCUCCUCGCUCCAGCCAUCGGAUCGAUCGACGCGGCAAUGGCGACAUUUGCGACGCCGGUGAGGUCGGCGUCCCUGCAGCUCCCCGCUCUCCUCUGCAUCCUCCUCUGCUCAGAGGUUUGGGUGCUCCAAUGCGGCGCGGCGAUCGGCAUCAACUACGGGCAGGUGGGCAACAACCUGCCGACGCCGGCGCAGGUGGUGUCGCUGCUGUCGUCGCUGCGGGUCGGCAAGGUGCGCAUCUACGACGUCAACCCGCAGGUGCUGGCGGCGUUCGGCGGCACGGGCAUCGAGCUCAUCGUCACCGUGCCCAACGACCUGGUGCAGCCCAUGGCCGCCAGCGCGGUCCAGGCCAUGCAGUGGGUCACCGCCAACAUCAAGCCCUACUUCCCGGCCACGCGCGUCACGGGCGUCGCCGUCGGGAACGAGGUCUUCACCGACGACGACGCGGCGCUCAAGGCCAGCCUCGUCCCGGCGAUGCGCAACCUGCACGCCGCGCUGGCCCAGCUGGGCAUGGACGGCUACGUGCACGUCUCCACCGCCAGCUCCCUCGGCGUGCUCGCCAACUCCUACCCGCCGUCGCAGGGCGCCUUCACGCCCGAGUGCGCCGCCCUCAUGCUCCCCUUCCUCCGCUUCCUCGCCGACACCAACGCCCCUUUCUGGAUCAACGCCUACCCCUACUUCGCCUACAAGGCCGACCCCGCAAACGUGUCCCUGUCGUACGCGCUGUCGGACCCGUACCACGUGGGGGCGGUGGACCCAUACACGCACCUGCAGUACACGAGCAUGCUGUACGCGCAGGUGGACGCGGUGAGCUUCGCGGCGGCGAGGCUGGGCUACGGCGGGAUCCCGGUGUUCGUGUCGGAGACGGGGUGGCCGUCCAAGGGCGACGCCGACGAGGUGGGAGCCACCGUGGAGAACGCGCGCGCAUACAACCGGAACCUGCUGGUGCGGCAGGUGAGCAACGAGGGCACGCCGCUGCGCCCGCGCCAGCGCAUCGAGGUCUACCUCUUCGCGCUCUUCAACGAGGACAUGAAGCCCGGACCAACCUCCGAGAGGAACUACGGACUCUACCAGCCAGACGGACGGAUGGUCUACAACGUCGGCCUCGCGCAGCAGCAGACCACGUCGGCGGCAUCCCUCUCCCUCGCAGCCUCCUCCGCGCCACCCACCACGGAGGCAAAAGGAGAGCAUGUAUGGUGUAGGCCAGAGAGAAAGCUCGUCUUUGCGAUGUGGAAGGCACUACCCACGCAGUACCCUCGUCCUCGUGGGCUGGGCUUGUGGACGGGCACGGCGUGUAAAUACGGCAUGCGAGAGGGAGGGAAAGGUUCCCGUUUUGUGACGCGCGCGCACAUGGGAUCCCGGGAGAUACUCGGGGAAGAUGGAGAGAAUGGGUGGCGGAUGCUCGCGGGAUUCGCUUUUCGGCGCCGAGGCUGCUUUACGCCCUUUGUGCCAUGUCAAGGUGCUAGGCUCGUGUUCGUGUGUAUAUAUGGUCUAUGACUUGGUUAUUAUCGUUGUCGUUGUAUUCUUUUAUUUGUUCUUAGGCUCGGGCUCCCUGCGGCUGGUGCUCAUCAGUUGGUAUGCGGGGCCUGGGUGUUGAUGUAAAUAACUGGGCAAUUUAUCAGAGCGUAUUAUGAUUCCCGUUGCGAUU